CCGUGCAUUCCAUAAAUCUUCGGCUCUUUGACUGUGAAGCCUCGCUUAUCUUUGUUUCAGGAAGGGAAAAAAGAAAAGAAAAAUAAACAUUUCAGACUUCAAAAAUAUCACUUUCUCUAUCUGCAGCUUAAGGAUUGUUGGAUAUAUUUUGUGUUACUUUUAAUUGUGUUCUUUUAGGUUUCUUAUCCUUUCUUCUUUCCUGAUUCUAGGUUGUUUUUUUUUGGGAGAGCGUUACGGUGGCUAUUUGCAGCGAAGAAGGUGCAGCAUGCGUUGGUGGUUGAGUCUUUCAGUUGACGUGUUUCGAAAAGUCAUCUCCUUGAACUUGUAUUGCAGAGUGAUUCUGUAAUUCCAUAAUACAUCUUAGAGAUCCACUUUUAUUUUGUUUUUUUAGUUAGGGUUAGUAAAUCUAUCCUCCAUGGGAUCCACUUUUUUCAUCGUCGUUCCAUGUUAUGUCCGCCAGAUUAGCUGAAAAUCUCCAAACGCGUUGCUCAAAUUUCUAAUUCAAGAAUUAUCAUUAGUAGUAGUUGCUGUUGUUCAGUUUUUGUUGAUCUAGAACACGGAUCUCGGGGUUUUGAAUACGUUCUCGUUCCCGGAAGACCCUUUCUUUUUUGGUACCACAUCGAAGGGCUAGGACGUAGUUAUGGUGUGCCAAGCAGCAAGCCAAACAAGAUUCCGGGCAUUGAAGUAUGAAAAUGGUAUUGUAGUUAGAGUCAUAGCAUGCUUUCAACCUCUUCAGGAUUGCCAGGCUGAAUAUUUCCGUCAUUUGCUUAAGCCAGUUACGUAGGUUGCUUUUUACGUUUUCGCGUUCAAGUUAAGCUGGAAUUUUAAGUUCUAUUUUCCCCUUUGGUUUUGAGAGAAACUGCAAGUAAACUGCCAUUUCUACUGCUACAACAUUCGGUUUCUGUUGAUUGUUCUUGUUCAAUGGGAGAAGGCUGUAGAUCCGGGUUUCCUCUGCCGCAAUUUGAUCGGCAAUCACUCAUCUCGAACUCUUUGCCUGAUCCACUUCCUUUUGGGCUUCAAAGUACCAAUCCUCCAUUCAUUAACUUUGGCACUAAUAUGGUGUCCAAUGCUUGGACUUGGCCAGUUUGUGCAAAUCCAGAAUCACCUCUCUCGCAGGUUAGCCAAGGUAAUGAACCUCGUGGCAGGUUUUACUGUUUACCCCGCUUUCAAUUGGUCUUUGAUUCAAACUCUUUUUUGAAAGAGCAACCCACAACUAAUCCAUAUGAAAAUUGCAAAGAAAGUGGUACUGGUAUCCACAACGCAAGGUCUGGGGUUGUAGAGAAAAGAUUCCUUGUUUUCGAUCAGUCUGCUGAUCAAACUACCCUGAUUUUUAGUUCUGCUUUCGGGACUCCUAUCAAGUGCCUGACUUCUUGGGGUCUAAAAUCUCCUGUUGCGGGUAACUUUAACUUGGAAGAUCCCAUAGCUAAAGUAAACGGGAAUAUUCACUCUGGACCAAUAUCUACAGAUAUAUUUGAUGAAAAUGGGACUGAAUUGCAAAGUGAAAUGCAUGAGGACACGGACGAACUCAAUGCAUUGCUUUACUCAGACGACGAUAGUGAGUAUACUGAGGAUGAUGAAGUUACGAGCACAGGUCAUUCUCCUAGUACAAUGACUGCUCAGGAUGAGCAAUAUUUUGAGGGAAGCUGUGAAGAGGUAGCUAGCUCUACAAGGCUAACUAAGAAGCGAAAGCUGCUUGAUGGCAGUAAUGAUUAUUCACCGUUGCUUAUGGACACUGCUAAUUCAUGGAAUCCUAACAAAAAUUUAAAAUACGAGGAUGAUGCAGAGUCCAGCUGUGCCAAUGGUCAAAAUCCUAGAUCAGGUGACAUGGAUUCAUCUCCAGGCAACAAGAGGACGAGAAAGGAUAAAAUCCGUGAGACGGUGAGGGUUUUGCGAAGCAUAAUUCCAGGUGGAGAGGGAAAAGAUGCAGUUGUGGUUCUUGAUGAAGCUAUUGAGUACUUGAAGUCCUUGAAACACAGCCAAAACCUUGAGACCUAGUACUCGAUGAACUGCAACUGUUCUUACCAUUGUUAAUGGACCUGUUUUAAAUAAGUAGAGAUAAUCAUGCAUUGUCACAUAUAUAAUUUGUAGUCUUCCGAAAUUAAAAGGUGGUGAUCCCCGUCCCUCUUCUUACGUCCUUAAGUUGGAAAGCAUUAGCAUUGGCUUGAAAUCUCAGUCUAUUUUCCUAAAGAAAUCGGGAAAACUGCUGUGUAUAUUAUGGGACAAUAAAGUAAGGCAAAUCAUUAGUCAACAUCUUGGGGUUUAGAGAAAGUAAAACUCCCAGCUUGGAUUUGUGAAUGGAAAGACUGGUUAUUCUAGAGGGACCCUUCUAAAAGGGAGUCUAAGCGCACGCUGAUUAGGUUUGGGUCAAUUUCUUCUUCCUUUUUGUAUUCUUGUCGAGUUUCAUGCUUGUGGGUUCCUUUUUUCCCUUGAUGCAGAAAA